AUGAAGUUGACGUGGGAAACGCUAAUGUUUAUAUUUGUUUUAGAGACUUUGAUCUUGGUUUUUCUGAUGGCGUGCUUUAGCGAUACGUCGAACGCCUUGGCGCCCGGAUCAAGCCGAGUUGAUCUCUUUAAGCGGCGGAAUUCCACGGUGCCAUUUGAGGACAGCAAUGGCAAAGUCAGGGAUCGGGUAGUUGACUCGUUCCGCGCUCCCGCACUUGUUAAUGUGGAUGGGGUGAUGGUUGCCAUUGCGGAUGCCCGUUACGAAACAGCCAAUGACAAUUCCUUUAUUGAGACUGUUGCCAAGUACAGUGUGGACGAUGGUGCGACGUGGAAGACCCAAAUUGCAAUUAAGAACAGCCGCGCAUCGUCCGUAUCCCGUGUGAUGGACCCCACAGUGAUCGUGAAGGGGAAAAAGCUGUACGUUCUGGUGGGAAGCUUCAAUACGUCAGAAAAAUAUUGGAUGCAGCAGAGUGAUGGGAGCGACUGGGAACCGCUUCUCGUCGUUGGUGAGGUCACGAAGUCUGCUGUGAACGGCAAGACAACCGCAACUAUCAGUUGGGGGAAGCCUGUGUCUCUGAAGCCAUUGUUUCCAGCAGAGUUUGAAGGAGUCCCCACGAAGGAGUUCCUUGGUGGUGUGGGCGCUGCCAUCGUGGCGUCCAAUGGGAACCUUGUGUAUCCUGUGCAAAUUACGAACAUGAAGAAACAGAUUUUCACAAAGAUCAUGUACUCAGAGGACGAUGGCACCACGUGGAAGUUCUCGGAGGGCAGGAGCGACUUCGGCUGCUCUGAACCUUCGGUCCUCGAGUGGGAAGGGAAACUCAUCAUAAACAAUCGUGUUGAUGGGAACCGUCGCUUGGUGUACGAGUCGAGCGACAUGGGAAAGACGUGGGUGGAGGCUCUCGGCACACUUUCCCGUGUGUGGACCAACUCACCAACAUCGAACCAUCCGGGCAGUCAGAGCAGCUUCAUUGCUGUGACGAUCGAAGGGAAGCGUGUGAUGCUCUUCACCCACCCGCUAAACUUCAAAGGAUUGUGGAUUCGCGACCGCCUGAACCUUUGGGUGACGGACAAUCAGCGCAUUUUUGACGUUGGGCAAAUAUCCGUUGGCGAUGAAGGUGCCGCCUACAGCUCCAUCCUGUACAAGGAUGAUAAGUUGUAUUGUUUACACGAGGUCAACAUUAGAGAGGUGUACGGUAUUGUCUUUGUGCGUUUAGUUGAGGAAUUGCGACUGAUCAAAUCCGUGGUGCGGACCUGGAAGGAGGAGGACAACCACCUCUCCAGCAUUUGCACCCCUGUUGUUCCUGCCGCUCCGUCGUCAAGACGUGGUUGUGGUGCUGUUGUCCCUACCGCAGGCCUUGUUGGAUUUUUGUCUCACCGUGCCAAUAGGAGCGUCUGGGAGGACGUGUACCGCUGCGUCAACGCAAACGUAAUGAACGGAAUAAAUGUGGCUUAUGGUUUUACCUUCAAGGGGAGAAAGGCGGGGGCAAUGUGGCCGGUGCGCAAGCAGGGACAGAGUCAACGGUAUCAUUUUGUAAACUACAGAUUCACGCUGGUGGCCUCUGUAUCUAUUCACGAGAUUCCGAAAAGUACCAGGCCUUUGCUGGGCGCAAGCCUGGAUGGAUCUGGGAACAGGAAACUCCUUGGACUGUCGUACGACAAGGAUCAACGAUGGUGCCCAAUUUAUGGGCCAACAACCUCUCUCUCAACUGGAUCGUGGGAACUGCACAAAACUUAUCAUGUGACACUUUUGUUUGAGGAAGGUGUAGGUUCUGUCUACAUUGAUGGAAACCCACUGAAGGGCUCGGGGCAAAUGGUUUCAGGCGUGCACUUGGAAGGUCUUGAUGUGUCACACUUUUUCUUUGGAAGAUAUGGAGCCAACGAUGUGAGCGCGGACUGUCACAUAACAGUGACAAAUGUCAUGUUAUAUAACCGUGGACUUCAACCCAAUGAGAUUCGGGCGCUUUUGCUAGGUGUGGGCAAAAUGGCGGCGGACCCUGAAAACAAGUUUGAGAAGACAUUUCACGGUGAUAUCACUGACAUGGCGGGGGAGCAUCUUCUUAGCGGCAGUUUAUCCCAUCUAACUAUGCGAUUUAUACUGAUUCUAUUUUUGCUAUUGUCAGUGAAUUAG